AUGAUUUCUUUACUUGGGUCAACAAUCCACCUUGUGAUUUCUGUGGCUGAGGGCUGGGGGAAAAAGCUUAACUACUGCGUAGCUUUUUCGGCAGACGAAGCUGUAGAUGUGACUAAAAGAUAUACCCGAAACUGGCAAGAGGUUUUAAAGCGUCGUGUAUUGGUCGACGAAGAAAAGUUAAAGCAAUUUCUGGAUCAGAUCACACAUGAACGACAAAAGAAUCUUCCUGAAGAACGACGUGAGAUUUUGAAAGAGCGCAGGAAGAGAGAAGAGAAGGAACUGGACGAUGCAUUUAAGCGUACUGUAGUCAAAGACAGCGAGCGGAUGGGUCGACAAACUGGAUCUAUCGAGUGGCGUACAGCGCGUGGUGAAUCGGGUAACCUGGAUAUCCAAGCGGUAGCAUCUGCUUCAAGAGAAAAUGAUGGCAUGAUUCGCUUGACAACAGCUGAUCCGGAUCAAGUGGGUGCCGCCUAUUGCUCGGAACAGCUCGAUCUCUCACAAACAAACGCUGCCGUAUUUGAAUUUGGGUUCCGCAUCACUAACAAACAAGGCGAGGCUGCCUGGGACGGUGCUGAUGGAUUUGCGUUUGUUAUUCAAUCGGCAGGUCCAACAGCGCUAGGUCAAGGCGGUUGUGAACUCGGGUAUGGAGGGCUGAAAAACAGCGUAGCAAUCGAAUUCGAUACUUAUAAAAGUGCGGAUCGAUGCGAUGAUCCGUCCGGAAACCAUAUCAGUUUACAUACUGCUAUCCCACCACAACCGAUCUCGGCACAUCAAAAGUAUUCUCUUGGUCACACUUCCAGAAUUCCUGCCAUGAACAGUGGAAAAUGGAUCUAUGCACGCAUCUCGAUAUUUGUGGAUGAAAAGCUGGUGGAUGUCUCUUUAAAAGAGGAUGACGAAGAAGCCGACGAUUAUGUUUCUGUGCUUGCGGUGAACAAUGUAGAUCUCGCCAUGUAUUUAAAUGGGAACUCUAAAGCAUGGAUCGGAUUUACUGCAAGCACGGGCGGAUUGUCACAAAACCAGGAUAUUCGGUGGAAACGUGCUGUUGUCUAUCGGAAAUAG